GUGAAUACGGUAUUAAUCGUUAGGUCCCGAUAUGAAAGCCUAGAUAAAUGUCACAAAGUGGCAUCUCUAUAGAGGUAGCCAUCUUUCUUUCUUUCCCUAACUUAACGAGCGCGUGGACGUCAAUACGUAAAAGGGAACUAGAUCAGAUAAAAUGACCAACUCGAAAGGUUACCGCCGCGGCACACGAGAUAUGUUCUCCCGUCCCUUCCGCAAGCAUGGUGUCAUCCCACUGUCCACAUACAUGCGCGUCUUUAAGAUCGGUGACAUCGUGGACAUAAAGGGACACGGUGCCGUACAGAAAGGUUUGCCCUACAAGGCUUAUCACGGCAAGACCGGUCGGAUCUUCAAUGUGACUCAGCAUGCUGUUGGUGUAAUUGUAAAUAAACGUGUUCGCGGUAAGAUCCUUGCCAAGCGUGUCAAUGUGCGCAUCGAGCACAUCCACCACUCCAAGUGCCGUGAGGAUUUCCUGCGUCGCGUGAAGGAGAACGAGCGGCUGCUGAAGGAGGCCAAGGAGAAGGGUCAAUGGGUCAGCCUCAAGCGUCAGCCUGAGCAGCCGAAGAAGGCGCACUUCGUUAAGAGGCUGGAGGAUCCCAUCGCUCUGGCUCCAAUUCCAUACGAGUUCGUUGCCUAAGCAGCUUUUAUUUGAUUUGCUAUAAAAUUCUGUAGUGAUUGGUUCAAAUAUAAAUGAAUUGAUUUUCUAUAUAA